CCUCCACCACUCCCUGCUGCAGCUGAGCCACUCGCGCCGUGUGGUACUUGAAAAACGCGCUCAUGGCCGCAAGCGUCGACGGUGCAAGCUCGCACUCUAGGUACGGUGACGCCGCCGCAGCCGAAGCCGCAGCCUUGCUUCCAGCCUCGGAUGCGUUCGACAACGCGUCCUCGAGCUUGAAAAUCUGCAUGUUCUUGGUCUCGAGCUCGGCAUGCAAUGACCGCACCAGAUCCUCUAGCGAGGCUUCGGCCUGGGUCUGGUCGGCGGCGUUGGUCCGCGCUGCCUCAAGAUCGGCGGCCAGCUGCGCCUCCCGGUCCCGGCCCUCGGCCAGCUCGCUCUGCAGGCUCUCCAUCUCCUCGCGAGCCUUGGCCACCUCCUCUUCCAGGUACACAUUCUGAGCCUUGAGGCCCACAAACAUGGCGUCUUCUUGUGCCGACAACGCAGCCUUGUUCUCAGCAAGCUCUGCCUGCAGGCUCGAGAGCCAGCACGUCUCGACAACAGCAAGCCCGCCAACGUUGUCGGCAGAGAGCGACACGCCGAGGCGGUCAACAGCAGAACGCUCAAGCGCAAGCAGCACCUCUGCGUGCGGCUUGGCAAAGACAGACACCUGCUCCAGCAUGGGGCAGUUCUUGUCUAGCUCGCCGCCUGAGUUGCUAAUCACUGAGACGCUCGCAUCAACAAACUCCUUCCAUCCAGCGACCCCGUUGAGCGCCUCUUCGAUGG